GUCAGAAUUAAAUAAUUAAUUUAGGUUUGGGGACAAAGAGCAAAACACAUAAUAAACUUACUCCGUCUUGUCUUGCGUCUCUCAUCAAUCGUUGCUAUCGAUCGAUCGUUUGGUCUUACUCUUAAUUGAUUGAAAGGCUUGCUUAGAUAGAAAUGGCGUUUUUGCUAAACAACACCUCGAUUGCAUCUCACCUCCGAUCUUCUUCCCAGAAGCCGGAUGGCGCCUUAGCUCAAUCCCGUCGUGGGUUCCAUGUUGAGCUAGGAACUCGCGAGAAAGAUCUCUUGGCUGAGAAUGAUGCUUUGAGGAGAUUCAAGUCGCAUAAGAAAGGAGUACGCCAAUUGAAAAAAGCUGGAGAUGUUCUCACUCUUGUCCUUCUUGCUGGGUGCUGCUAUGAGAUCUAUGCGAGAGCAACAUUGCAAAAGGAAGAUUAAGCUGCUGCAGGAGUAAAGCUCAUAUGAGUUUGAUCAUCACCCUUCCUUCUUCCUCUUUUUUUUUUAGUAAAUCUCAAAAGUUCAUGUUGGCUUUUGCUCUGAAUAAGUGAAUAAACCAAAAAGGAUUUGGUGUUUUUGUUUCCUUGUAUUUGUUGUUUUUUUUUCCGAGAAACCCAAAUCGCUAUUGAUAGAAUAAAGCAACGCAGUUAUGA